GCACACUCUCAACCAGCCAUAGCCAUCUGACGGCGAAGUCAACGGUGGAGGUGACGCGGGCUCCGGUGAUCUCAUUCCCUGAGCAUGGCGUCCGCGUUCCAGGAUACGUGGCAAACUGCGCUCGAUCUUGAAAGAGAGCUACUAAAGAGCCUUGCCGAAAAAGAGCCCACGUUUGCUGAAAUCUCCCAUCAUCUGUCGGAACUUCGCUCCGCUUGUCAAAAUGCUAUUCUCCAGGACCUCGACGCCGCCCGCUCCGUCGAUGUCGAAGGCCGCCUGUGGGAUAGUCAUCUCAAGAUCAACAAUCGAUUCCGUAAAUUGCUGUCUCGCUUUCGUGAGGAGAACGGGAAGAAGAAAAAGCCGGUAGAGAAGAGGAAGCUCGAGAAGCAUUACCUCGAAUUCAUCAAAUCCAGUCAGCGGUUCUAUCGAGGCUAUAUCCAGCAAUUGUCCUCCCAUGUCGGAGGGAUCCCGGAGCUGGAAAAGGUUGCCCGGAAGUUCAAUUUCGACAAUCUAUCGGCAGAGUCAUCCUUGCAAGCUACUGAGGCCCUCAGAAAGCGCAUUCUCCAGUCUUGUCACGCGACCUUGAUCCGGUUGGGCGACCUUUCCCGCUAUCGCGAAACUGAGCUGGUCACGAAGGAGCGCAACUGGGGCCCCGCAAUCGGUUAUUAUGACCUGGCUACCCUGAUCUACCCAGCCUCUGGUGCGUCGCAUAACCAGCUGGCAGUCAUUGCGUUGGCCGAUGGCAACCAUCUUCGAACUACAUAUCAUUUGUACAGGGCUCUAGCAGCCCAGGAGCCCCAUCCGCCAGCCAAGGGUAACUUGGAAAUUGAAUUUAGAAAGGUCAUGAAUGCAUGGGCCAAGCGCGAGCUGAUUCGCCCCGAAGACGCUGGUAUUCCUGGCAGGGCAUUGGCCCCUUGGUUUGUAUAUCUUCAUGCGCAAUGUUACAAGGGCGUUGACUUCCCUGAGCAUGACGAGCUUGAGAGCGAAGUACUGAAUCAGCUCGCUGUUGAUCUCAAGGAACGCUCGCUCGAAGGCACUUUGCAGAAAUUCGUUUUGAUCAACAUUAGUGCAGAAGAAUUUUCCAGGACACGCUCGAAUGAAGAAUCCGUGUCCAGUGCGCGCGCAUUUUUUCAGCGUAUCAAUGUGAAGACGUUCUUCACUCUACUUCAGAUUCUCCUUGCUGAGGUAGAGCGAUUUGCCGCUGAAGACUCUAGCAACAAGGACGCGCAAACCGGUCCUGACAAGGUCACCGUAGUCGCCCGUCGGGUCCUUCCCGCACUUCGAAACUACAGUUCCUGGCUGCUCACAGUCAGCAACUUGCUAGCAGCGCAUAAACAAGAAAAGGACACUCCUUUGGCAGUCCAGAUCACGGAGUUUUGGAAGAUAUAUGCUAACACAUUAACUCUCCUGGCCUCAACUUUCGAUGUAGUGCAUCUUCCCGAAAUCGACUAUUUAUUAGAGGAAGAUGAAGAGACACUGGGCUUUGCGCCCUUGAGCAAGGGAACAACCUCGCGCAGAUACCUGGAUUCGAGUGGUCAGCAGAAGCCUCGAAUGAACGACCCAGGAGUGGAACGUAAUCAUCCGAAUAUGGAAAUGCUCUACCGAAUCCGCGAAUUUGUGAUCGAUGGCUUGGAUCUGGUAGUCAGCAAUAAAAUACCUAUCGCACUCGUCGAUGACGAAGACAAGAAGACAUUCAUCUACAAGGAGGAAGACCUCCCCUCGCAAUUCUUCGCCAGUCCCCCGGGCCACGCUCAUACGCUAUCCUCCGCUAGCAUCGAACGGGACGAGAUUCAGCAAGCGAACCGUGAUCUUAGCCACGCUCCAGAUGCUAAAAGUGUCUUCGGUGGAUCGCAGGCGGCGUCCAUGUCUGCUAGUAUGCAUCGUAUUGUCGAAGGCGUGGAACGAUUGGUGGAUUCGGACACGUACGAGAAUGCCCCGAGCGUGCCAGAACGCCUGACGUUCCCCGCGAGUGGUAGUCGUCAGCGACCGUCAAGUCAAUACUUCGACACAAGCACGGAGGCGAUCUUCCGCGAAGACCUUCUUCCUCGGCAAACCCCAAUGGCCCCUCCUGGACUUGGACCGCCGAUGGCCAGUGGCUCGGCUCCUCUUGUCCGUGUCUCGUCAUCCCAAUCUUAUACUCCUCGCCCUGCGCUUCCCAGCAUCCCCAGCAUUUGGAACACAGCCUUAUCCUCCGGUCUCGGUAGUGAUGCCCCAUCUCCCCGGACGCCUCCUGGCCUUGGGCAUCAAUACCCAGGUCAUUUACUAUCCGGAAGCAUCGGCAGCCCUUCAAGCCACCACACAUCCCAAGAGUCUUUCGCGAACGAGCUCAUGCUCCGCCAAAACCUGGUGAGCCAAGCCCAAGCUGCUCAACUCCAGGGUUCUCUACACCACAUUCCCGGUCCCGGCUCAGUUCCCUCUUCAUGGCUGCCCUCCUCCAGUCCAUCACUUCAGAACCACCGGCUCUCCGGCCUUGCCUGGGACCGGGCGCUUCUGGAUGCGGGCACCGGCGAGGGAUCAAUGGCGCUUCCCGGCCAUCCGUCAGCAUCAGCACCAAGCCUGGGUUCCCCGAGCGGCCUAGUCAACGCCUCCUGGGCCAACGACGCCUUCCUCGCUAGCACAUUGUCCUCCGGUGCAGGCUACCCUAGCUCUUCUAGCUUCAAUAGCAGCGCUCGCAAGGCCCCUGCGCAGUACGGUGCCAUCGGUCAGACUACACCUCGCUACGGUCAUGGUGGUUGAUCUUAUUGCCACCAUGCUUGGUCUGGGAAUUGAAUCAGUUCAAGUCCGUUCAGUCCUGUGAUGGGCAGCAAAGAGUGACUGUGGGUUUCUCAUUACUUCAACUCAUCUGCCUGUCUCUUGGCCACUCGUUUCCCUUUUCAAAACGCCUCCUCGAACUGCGGAUGUAAAAACGUGCGGUAUGCCCGCGCGAUACGUAUACACACACAGCGGACACGAAUCAGACAGAGCUCUGAAGAGUACGUCAGACGAAUGGGUAAAGGAAUAUCAUGAUUCUUGAGAGGAACAGGGAAUGAGCCUAGGCCAAAGACAAG